UAGUUAGCUAUAUGUCUGCCACCUACCGGGUGCUGGGGUGUAUUUGCCACGUUGCUGUAGACAACAGAACAGACUCACGCACACUGACCGCGAGGAUGCAGUUUACAUUUCUCCACACACGGUGGUGGACGGCAGACAACUUCAAGCUACUACACACGCUCAGACACGCACCUGUGUGUCAGGCUUCUCUCGAGGUGGAGCCGCUGACACACUCGCUCCGCGGCUGUAAGAUGUUAACUGACAUGAUUUUGGAGGAAGAGUUUGACAAGAAUGGAGAGGCUUGGUACGACCCGCAGGACCUUGAACACGAUCUCCAUUUGGCAGCGGAGCUUGGGAAAACCCUCCUGGACAGGAACCAUGAGCUGGAGCAGGCCCUGCAGCAGAUGUACUCCACCAACCAGGAACAGCUGCAAGAGAUAGAGUAUCUGACCAAGCAGGUGGACCUGUUGCGUCAGAUGAACGACCAGCAAGCCAAAGGGUAUGAGCAGCUAGAUGUGGCCGCCAGGGAUCUGGAGCACGGCAACCAGAGACUAGUCCAGGACAACCGUCUAGCACAGCAGAAGAUCCACAGUCUAACAGAGACCAUUGAAGGGCUUCAAACCUACAUGGAUGACCUGCAGACUCAAGUGGAAGAGCUAAAAACUGCCCAGGAAGUGCGAAACAAAAGAGAGCUGGCAGAGCAACGACGCAACCUUGGAGCACAGAGUGUGUCCUGUAUCAAAGAGCUAUAUGACUUACACCAUGACAGGAAUCUAGCCCACAAUGGUCUGCAUGUGGAUGGACUCUGGUCACCGCAGUGCUCUUUCUAUGACCGAGACAGACGCCAAGACCCGGAGGUGGAGAACGCGGCUCUCCAGCGCUCUGUCCAGACCCUUAAGAGUCAGAUUGCUGUGGAGCGGAGCCGCAGGGAGGCUGCAGAGCGUGAGAUUGAGUUGACAUCCAAGGAGAACAUAGACCUGGAGCAGCAGCUGGCCGUGCUGGCCGGCUGCCGAGUCAGGCAGAGGGAGCUGGAGGACGAAGUGGAGCAGCUGCGGCUUCUGUGGCGUGCUGACUGCGCCAACAGUGUCAGAAGACCGGACCAGCUGCAGUUGCCCGAAACAGUAUUCUUUGCCUCAGAAGAAAGACAGGGGCAGGAUGAGAUGGAGGAGAAGGUAGGAAAGGAUGAGAAGCAGAGAAGAUACAUCUGGCAGAGGUGUAACAGUGACAGCGUUUUGAGAGCGACUGACCCAGACGAGAUUCGGCGUGGUCACGAGCAGCUGUGUAUAAGGCGAACGGAAGCGGUAAAACAGAGGGGCAUCUCUCUGCUCAACGAGGUGGACGCACAGUACAGCGCACUGCAGGUGAAAUAUGACGAGCUGCUGCGGCGGUGCCAGCAGGCAGACGGGCCCAGCCAUAAAGCCAUCCAGACAUCUAACAGUCCCUUUGGGGGCAGCCGGACCCGCCGCCGGUCCUCAGCUGCUCUGUCUAAUCUGACCGUGUUUCUUGAAGACAGCCAGCAGCCCGAAUACAAGGCUCUCUUCAAGGAGAUCUUCACCUGUAUCCAAAAGACCAAAGAGGACCUCAGCAACAACAGAAGUCCAGUCAAGGACAGUGAUGACCAUGGCUUUGCCAGAUGAUUGUACUAUUCAUAAUCCUGAGAUUUGCACUUGUUUGUGUCCAUCAAAGUUUUUGACACAGGAGAAACUUGGAGGUUGCUUUGCAACAGAAAUAUCUAGAGGUUGCAAUUGCAAUAUCUUUCACAUGCUGUAAUCCUUUUAUCUCCUGUCAUUUUAACACACCUAUGUUUUUUUUGGUCAGCACUGUUACUAUUACAUCUUUAUCAAAAAUGUGUUAUAAUACAUGUUACUUAAAGCAGCUGUGUGAUUUGAAGUAAGAAUGCAUUCCAAAGAUGAACAACAAAUUUGUAAAAAAAAUAAAUAAAUAAAAACAAAUACAGAAAACAAUAGAUGAUAAGGAAUUACUGUAUGGGGAUAUAUUUAUAGGUAGAAUAAUAUAUACUAUCAGAUCCUCAGGUAAUAAAAAGUAUGAAUCAAUUUCAUUGUCACAUAAAAAUUGUACAGUAAAAGUACAAUUCCAUUGAAAUGUAAUCCCCAGUACAUUUCAUUAUGUCCACCUCCAACAGUACUCAGUGUUUAUGUAAUGUUCAUUCUUUGGCCACUUAAUCAUCUGGUGCUUGGGAGAGAAAUGCACACAUGGAAUAUUGUUUGUGUAUUUAUAUAAGAUGUUAUAGCUUUUAUGCAUGGCUUAUGCUAACCGGAUUGUUGACAUGUUGUAAUAGGAUGAAAAACUGUAGCUAUGCAAUGACUAAAAUCUCAGGAGUUUAUGAUAAUUCGCUUAACAGCUAAUGUGAGUUGGUUUUGUAGUUGCAAUUCACCAAUGUGGGUCGCUGGCGUGUCACUAGAGAACUCGUAUGUGCUUCUGUUUUCUGUCUGUACCGCUUCUGACAACUGUCUCUGCCAGUGGGACACACAACAGCUCUGCACUAUUUUUGACUGAAUCACAUUUGACUUUUAUUUAUUUAAAAAAAAAAGGUUUAGUGAAGAUUAAAUUAUAUUUAUUUUCUUUGUUGUGAAAUAUGCUGAGCGGAUUGGUCAGGUAGAUUGACUGGAAGUGAAAGUAAUUGUACACUGAGGUGCUUAUUUUGUGGAUGUAAAUAUUUUGUCUGACACAGGUGAUUAAAAAAAAUAGAGAAGCAAACGUAAAUGUUCCUUCAUUUAAAAACAAUAUACUUUGUCAGAUGUUUCUUCUGACUUGGACGUUUCGGGCUCUUAAUAUAAACUAAAUUGUGUUGAUCAGGUUACCAUAAACAAUGGAAAGACUUCAAUAAAAAGUUAAAUUUUUAGGUUUGAGUAGUGAGGUUCUCAAUGUACUUUCACUUUCCAUGUGCUUUGAUGCUCAUGUAAAAAAAAAAAGAUGCUUAAGUAUGGCAUUUAGCAAUAUGCUGUUUUGAAGUUGUGAAACUGCUAAGUAUUAAAAACAUUAAUGCAA